AUGAGGGCACCAUCAGCAAAGCCCUGGGCUCCCUGGGCACCUCUGGCUUCUGAGGUUUCCCAGGUUCAGCUCCAGGGAAACGGGAGGCAGGGCAUCCUGACUCUGCAACUCUCGUGUGGAAGAGCAUGCCGCCCUGAAGUGCUCACGGGCCUGUGGGGGCUCAGGCGCCCCCGGUCACAGUCAGGAGGCGCGUGGGGUCACGGCUGCAGGUUGCAGGCCGACCUCACUCCCGGCAGCAGGACCACCGUGGAGCCCGGACGCACUCCCUGGGUGACCCCGGGCCUGCAGGGGGAUUUGGGGGUCCCCGUCACCCCCACCCGUGUGGCCUCGCCUGCUCCCCACCCCGGCUCAAAGCAAACGCCCACGGCCUGA